AUGCGUCUCCCAACAGUGACUCCUGUAUGUCCCUUCCUCUUAAUUUAUCGCCGGUCAAUCUUGCUAAGCUGCAUCUAUCUACAGGCUGAACUUGAGGCCUUCCAGGCUAAGCACUUCGGUCAUCGAACAACUUUGUACCCCAGUCCAGACGCGCCAGACAACUCGGUCUCCUCUGACAAGAGAGAAGAUCAUGACUCCUACCAAGAGUUCUACCCGGAUGGAACAAAACGUACGAUAACUGAUGAGCAAAUCAAAAUGUUCAGACACAGUGAAAUAUUUAGCCUGCUCCGAGAACGAGAGCCACAAGAAGACUCCAAUCUCGGAAAUUCCGAUGAACUGGAAGGGAAUACGGUCAGCUCUGCAGGACUCGACGACAGGUAUUCGUCACUGCCUACAAAUGGUGGGGACUGCGAUGGGAAAGUCGGACAGGAUAGUCUCGAGGGACCUUUACGAGGACAUCCUGCAACACGAGGUCCUGCCCAGUCAUCCCAAAACGGAUCGUCCGAAUUAAGUCCUGCUGCACAUGAGGAUGCGGAGCCCGCCGAUCCGCAGGAUGCUGAGAAGCAACUUCCUUCUUCGGAACAACAUAAUGAGGCCCGUACGCAAACUGGCUACUCUCGAAGGAUCGUGUCCUAUGCCGAUUAUUAG